AUGCCCAAAGCUAACCACCAGAAACGUUCCAGCGGCGCUUCGGCGUCCCCAUACUCCCGGUCCCCAGCAACACCCUCUAAAUCCGCCUCGAGUGCCUCAAAUGCGAUCUUCAGGAUGAACACAGACAUUGGCCAGCACGUACUCAAGAACCCCGGUGUUGCGCAAGCUAUUGUCGACAAGGCCGACCUCAAACAAUCCGAUAUCGUGCUCGAAGUCGGUCCUGGGUCAGGUAAUUUAACAGUCAAAAUUCUCGAAAAGGCAAAGAAAUGUAUCGCCGUCGAACUUGAUCCCCGUAUGGCUGCGGAAGUCACGAAACGAGUCCAAGGUACAGUGAUGGGCAAGAGAUUGGACGUUGUACUGGGAGACGUAAUCAAAACCGAGUUGCCUUACUUUGACGUCUGCAUUUCAAACACUCCAUAUCAGAUCUCGAGUCCUCUGGUAUUCAAACUCCUCGCCACCACGCCUUCCCCUCGAGUCUGUAUAUUGAUGUUUCAGCGCGAAUUCGCUCUGCGCCUUUUUGCCAAACCCGGAGAUAAACUCUACAGUCGUCUUAGUGUCAAUGCUCAGAUGUGGGCCAAGAUCGACCAUAUCAUGAAAGUCGGGAAGAACAAUUUCAAGCCACCACCAGCCGUGGAGAGUAGCGUCGUCCGGAUAGUUCCCAAGAACCCUCGUCCGAACAUCUCGUACGAAGAAUGGGAUGGACUUCUAAGGGUCUGCUUCGUGAGAAAGAACAAGACCAUGAGAGCAAAUUUCCUCGGCACAACCAGUAUCAUGAGCAUGUUAGAGAGCAAUUACAGGACAUGGUGUGCGCAGAACGACAUCCCUCUCGACGAUGGCCCUUCUACCGUUCAAGAUAAUCACGAUAUGGAGAACACUCAGCCCAGCCACGUGGAUGGUGAAGAAGAAUGGGACGGGUUGAUGGACGUCGACGACGAAGACGACCUUCCUGCAUUUUUCAAAGAACACCAAGAGCAGCAGAAUGCAUCGAAACACCCCAAGACGGCAUCACGGAAGAAUCGAAGCAAAGUCGCGGAUCUGAUUCGCGAAAAAGUCCGAAGCGUGCUCGAGGACAAGACCCAACUAGCUGAUAAGCGAGCACGGAUGUGUGAUGAGGCUGACUUCCUCAGUCUUCUUUACCAGUUCAAUCAAGAGGGGAUUCAUUUUCGGUGA